AUGGCACGACAGCUGCCCAGGGAGGUUGCAGACAAGAGUGUUUGUCCGGGAAUCAACCUGUUCCGCAUGGAGCUCUUACGCUUAGUUGUUGGGCCUGUGCUGGUGAAGCCCCGGGCGGGAGGCAUGGGCCUCUACGACUUCGGCCAGGGCAUUGAGCUCCUGGAUGGCAUCGACGAUGAGGAGCUCGAGCGAAGGCAGACCUCUGAGCGUAACAACGGCCGCCUGGCGAUGGUGGCCAUCAUGGGCCUCAUGUGGCAGGAUGGAACCUUCGGGGAGGCUCCUCUCAGCUACAUGAACAAGAACGGUUUCUGGGGCGAGCCUGUGCAGUUUAUUGUGCAGCACAUUAACAACUGCCAGUCCUUCAGCGGCAGUGGCAUCGACAACGCCGGCGUCUGCGCCGUCCCCAAGCGCCACGAGGGCCGCACCGCCAUGCGCGCGGUGCAGAAGCUCGCCGAGGGUGACUACGUUGAGCUGGAGACCUACCCCAAGGAGAUGGAGAUGUCUCCAUCCGUGCCAUUCCUCCGCUACCCUCAGGUGCUGAAGGGCUGGGUCGGUGAAGAGAAGGGCUUCGACCCACUGGGCGUGACUGAUGCCCUGCCGGUCUACUGGGUCCGCGAGGCGGAGCUCAAGCACGGACGCAUUGCCAUGCUGGCCACUGUGGGCUGGAUCGCCACGGACCUCGGGUUCCGCUUCCCGGGCGAGAAGUUCCAGGCUGUGGCCAACUCGGUAGAGGCGCACGACAAGAUGGUGGAGGCCGGGUACAUGCUCCCCUUCUUCGGGGCCAUCGGGGUCUUCGAGCUCUUCGCGCUGUGGCUCUUCUUCCAGUCCUGGCCCCUUGGUGAGGGCAUCAACCGCGAGGCAGGAGACUACUGGCUGGGCAAGCAGUUCCUGCCCAAGGACCCUGCGAAGGAGAAGGACAUGCGACUCAAGGAGCUCGAGAAUGGCCGCCUUGCCAUGUUUGCCUUCAGCGGCAUCGUCACUCAGGCCGUGGCCACUGGCAAGCCAUGGCCAUUCAUGUGA